GUAUGUAGCAAAGUAGAGAGCUUCUGAGAGAGAGAGUGGCGAAUUGGUCACGUGACCCCGCCGGCUCUGAUUGGUUGGGGAUAUUUACGCUCCAUAGGAUGACAUUUUGGAAGGAGAAGAGGUUAAAAACGUGUGCAUCGCUAGAAAAUGGAGCAAACAGAAAAAAAGAGUGAACUCACAAACGCUCGAAUUUAUUGCUACAAGUUUAAAAGCGAGGGUUUGAUCGCCGACAGACCGCCAGCAGAAAUAUCGGUCGUUUCUGUUCCGAUGGGAGAAGAACUCUACAAGAAUAUGUUGGACGUGCUGGCAGAUAACAAAAUUAUAAUAGAUGAAGAUACUGCUUUCAAGACAAUUAACGAAGAUAAAAAGUAUAAAGAGUGUACCGAGAAUGUUGAAAAUAUUGCAUACAACAAACUUAACAAAGAUAAAAAGUACAAUAAAGAGAAGCAUGGUUGUUCCCGUUUAAAAAGCAUGAAACAAUUAAAACAAUGGACAAAUACUGUUAAACGAGGUGGAACAAAGUUGGAUAAGUGGAGACAGAUGAAAAUGGAAACGUUUGAACGAGUUACAGAAGCAAGAAAAUCCUCACAACAGGUAACAACAAGGACUAUACAAGAAUGGGCGAUGUCUGCAGCGUCUCCUUUCUUAUCAAAAACGUUUGUUUUCUAUGCAAGUAAAGGUUGGGCAAAACGAUUCAAACUAAAAUAUAAAGUACAAACCAAAAGCAAUGACCAAAGCGAUGAUCAAAGCGAUGAGUAAUAUAUGUUAUUUAUUUAUACUUAUAUACAGAGUAUUAAUUUUCCACCGCCCAUUAAGUACAUAGUGUUGUUCCUUCAGAAAGUUGAGUCGAAAAGUCCUUAACUCAAUAACUCUUUCGUGAAACAUUAUAAGGAAAAAUAGUUCAGGACUUUUCGACUCAACUUUCCAUGAGGAAUAACACUAUAUACUUAGUGGGUGGUGGAAAAUUAACACGUAUACGUAACUAUAUAUACUGUAUCAUAUAGAUAUGAUAAUGCUCAAGAAACAAAUAUAAGGUACAAAUAAAUUUUUAACUUUCA